UUGCCUCUUAGGCUCCAUCUUCCGUCAAUUGUGACCCUAGGAACCCGCCACCCCUACAGCAAGUAGCUGGCCAGAGGCAGCGGCUGGGGGAGGCUCCUUUGAAUAAAGGUCUCUUUGACCUCUAGCUGGCUCCGUGUGCAUCUCUGCUGGCGCUGCCGCGGCCCCAGGAAGUGUGGCUGUGGGACAGAGGGGGGAUCACAUCAACGCUGCAGCUCUCUUGCUUGGGGUGGCAAAGAGGCACCCACCAGUGCUCAGCAGCAGGCGCACUCCCUCUGAAGCCACCUUCGUGUCAGCGGCCGGUCUCCAGUCAGUGUGGCCAUCCGGCCCCACUCUGCACAGGACGUGGGACCUAAUCGUGGCACAGUUUGUCUGAAAAAGUGCAGCCUAGGUGCAGAGCCCCUCCACUUGCGGGUCCAGUCAUCCCACCGAGCUCUGCCACUCCUGCUCACAAGCUGGAAAUAACUGGCCAGAACUCACUCUGUGGCUUGGUGGCCCCAUCCCCUGCUCUGAUCAUGGAGACUCUCAGCAGCUGCCGGACUGCCUCUCUUUCUAAGCUGGUGCCCAAUGGUUACCUGGAUCAGGUCUUCCCAGGUCACCCUGAUAUAGAAGACCUGGCUAGGGAGAUAGGUUUGGAGGAAUCUGAACACUGUGACCACUUGAGUCCCAGGGAAGAGAGUGGCCAGAAUAAGAAGAAAACCAAAGCCAACAAGAUCUGGAAUUUUGUGAGCCGCAGAAAAAGGCCCUCCAGUCAGGGGAAACGACCCCAGUCCAUGAUUUUACUGGAAGACCCCUCCAGGCCAUCAGAAUUAAAAACCAAAAUCUCGUUACUGGAUCGAAUGAAGUCUUUCAAGAGGUUGAAGCCCUCGAUAGGGGCAUCUAAGAAUAGUCCCCCUAGGAACAGCAAGGCCCAGGAACACCAAAAAGCCUCAGGUAUCUACCGGAUGAGGAAGGCAGAGGAAGCCAUAAAGCCCUUCCGCCAUUCUUAUGCAGGACACAUUGAGGGCUUGGAGCCCUUCCUUUCAGGUGUGCAGAGGCCGGUGCACAUUUCCAAGAAAGUGAAUAAGAAAGUGCUAGCUUUUGAUGACUUUGGCAUUCAAGUGGAGGAAGACUCUUGGGAGGAAGAGGAUCCUGAGAAGUCCAGUAGCAGCAGGCGGUCCAGGAGCUACCUGAAAAGCAUGUUCCUUGGGGACCAUGAAGCCCCACAUACAUCUGGACACUCCAGAAUCCAGGAACUCAAGGCUUCCAUCAAGGGCCUUACCUUGGAAGGGCAUGUGGAAGGAAGCAAUGAGGAGAAACCUGGGCACCUACGCCAAGACAGGGCCAUGCCUUUUGGUGGUGUUAUCAAGUUCUUCAGCAAUGUGGCUGAGGUGACCCGCAAGUGGAGGGCAUUCUCCCGGCAAGAGUCGCAGAUGGGCCACCACCGUGAGGCUUACUUUGUCAGUGGCAAUAAAAGCUUCAUCCUGGAGGGCACCACUUCUCAGGCCUCCUAUCCUCUUGAACUGCCCUGCCAGCCCCAUGAGGCUGCACUGUGGGACAGUGCCAUUGGGAGGUGCCUGCACUGCCAACACAAGGCCUCACAGGCCUCAGACACCUUCAAAAUGAGCACUGAGGAUGAGGAGAUAUCAGACAAGUCCCUCACCACUUCUGCCUUGGCCUCAGCUUCGGCCUCGGCUAUCUUUGAGUUCCAGGAUGAUCCAAUGGCACCGAAUGGCUGCAGCAGCCACUACUCUUGUGCUUUCACCAGGGAACACUCUUCUUCCAAGGAGCUCAAUGAAGACAACGAGAUUGUGGUCAGCUUCCUCAAGGAAAGUGACAGUCCUGGAGAGUCCCCUGAGAUGGGCACCUGUGUCAGGAGGGUCACCACUGAUGCUAUCAUGGAGAAACUAGAGGAGAAGCCUAGCGAGACGGAGGAGCAGAAGGCCUGCAGGGGGCCCAAGGGGUACAGCCAGGCAGGGCAGCCCCAGGAAUCCAACUUGGGUAUGGGUGCAGUGAUGGCAGAGAGUAAAGCCAGCAAGGCUUACACUGGAGUCCCCAGUAUUCAGACUUUCCUUCCCCCAGCUGAACCAUCACCAACGACUCCAUCCCACAAAUUCCUCCUGGAGAAAUGCCAUUCUCUGCCCAUUUCACAGAGCAUCCCCAUGGAGCUGGAUCAAGUGAGCUGGAGGAGACCCAGGAAGCCUUGCACAGGUAACUUGGACCAGGGCUCCAAGACACUAGAAACCUACAGGAACACUGAUGGAUACUGGAAGCCCCAGGGACCAGGAUACAAGCAAGUUAAUGAAGUAAGACCUCUUUUUUAG